GCUAAUAACAAUUUUUUUUAAUAAUAACCAAAUCUACAAAAAUGAUGCAGCGAUGAUCAACACUGCACAAUGAGAAUCAAACGAAUUGUAAUAUUCGCGUUGUUGACGCUGGCUUCUGCUUAUUGUCUGUUCUUGUCGCCUAUAGUAGAAAUAGAGCAAGGGAAAUUGAGAGGAAUACGGGUCUCUGGUGUCAACAGAUAUUAUGGAAUACAAUAUGCCACCAGCGACCGAUUUCAUCCUCCGAAAGAACCAAGAAGAUGGUCAGGUGUAUACAACGCUGUCAACCCUGUCAAAGCUCCUUGUGCCCAGAUCACACGUUACACUUUACUCCAGAACGAACAGUGUUUGUACCUGGAUGUGUACACUCCAGAAAAUGCCAAGCCUGGGGACAAACUACCCGUUUUUAUCUUCAUCCACGGUGGCGGAUUCUACUUUGGCAGCAAGCUUUUGUACAAUCCUGAAUUUUUAGUCACUAAAAAUAUUGUGGCAGUGUCAAUCAACUACAGGUUAGGUGUAUUCGGAUUUUUAUGUGUUAAUGGAGUGGCAAAUCUUGGUCUGAAAGACCAAGUAGCAGCGUUGAGAUGGGUGAAGAAGAAUAUAGCUGCUUUCGGAGGAGAUCCAAACCACGUCACUUUGGCUGGUCAAAGCGCUGGUGCUGUCUCGACCUCAAUGCAUAUGGUCUCAGAAAAAAGUGCAGGUUUAUUCCAUAAGGCUAUUUUAUUAAGCGGCUACAGUCUAGCUCCGUGGGCAUUCAAUGUGGAUCCUAUAACGUCAGCACUGACUGAUGCAAAUCUAAUAGAUGAGGCUCGUACAGAACACGAUAUCUAUAGAAUAUUCGCCAAGAGUUCUACACGCGAGGUCCUCCUAGCAACGCAAGAUGUUUUCUACAAUAUGUCCUUCAAAUACAGUCCUUGUUUGGACAGCAAUUUCCCUGAUCCUUUCUUCCGCGAUGCCCCAUAUGAAAUAAUGAAAUCUGGUUAUUUCAACAGAGUCCCAGUGUUGAUGGGCGUGACUAACAAUGAGGGGAUCAUGUUUUACGGUAGUAACAAUAGGAGCAGUUUCGCCGAAUGGGACUCGAACUUUGUUACGCGAUUGCCAUCAGUAUUUUCGUGGUGUUCUAAAGAUGACCAGUAUCGGAUAGCUAAAAGGUUGCGUUACCAUUAUUUUGGAUACCAGACGAUAGAUGAAAGAUCAGUAAAAACUUUAGUGAGAUACUACAACCAUUGGCUCGAUCAUGGCACCUUUGAUGCUUUCGCUCAGCUUCUAGUUCAGCACAGCGGCGAACCUGUAUAUAAAUACGUGUUUUCAUACCAAGGUCUUCGGAACAUCCCCAAGUUCGUAUUUGGAGGAGCUGCCACGAGGCUGUAUGGCGCUUCUCAUUCUGAUGAUUUAGGUUAUUUAUUCAAGCCGGCUGGUUUGCCAAUACCUACGUCCAAGGAAGAUGCUCGUUUUAUAGAUAGAUAUACUACUAUGAUCGCUAAUUUCAUUAAAUACUCUGAUCCGACGCCGAGGCGCACGUCUUUGCUGCCAGUACGCUGGCCUCCUUCCACAAGCCGCCAUUCCGACAUCAUGCACCUGGAUCGCACCCUGAAGAUCACCAGAGGACCCUACCUGAAGGAUCGCUUCUACCUUGACAUACUCUGUACCUAUGGCCUGAAGGGAUUCGUGCCUUGCGAGAGCAGGCAGCAAUGCUUCCAAAGGGAAUACUAUGAUAGAUAUCCUAUUUAACAUUCUUAGUUCAGAUAUAUAGAUGAUAUUGCUCCUUGCGGAUGACAACGUGAUAUUUAUAUUUCAGAGCAUAUAUUGAAGAUAUCGAUAGAGCAUAAGUUGACAUUACAAUGAAACGAUAUAGUUAUAAGUUUCUACUAAUGUACUUGUAAUUUUUAUUAAUGAGUCUAUAUAUUUAUAUAUUGUCUACUCCAAACCUAGUAGUGGUAGAGGCGGUGCCCCAAACUUCACUGCACCAUUUUCUCUGAAGUUCUUAGAGUUAAAUACACUCUAAUCUAUAUAACGUGACUUACUGUCUGUAGGUCUGUACAUAUAUAUAUUAUCAUCUAUGAUUAUCAUCAAUCAUCAACAGUGUGUGUAUAAUUGAAACGAGUUGAGACUUGAGAUGAGAGCACUAUAUUUAUUGUUAAGAAUUUUGAAAUAAAAAUUGAUUGCCAAUAGAAUAAUCUAUAAAUAAAAACACUGACUACGAUAGGAGUAAGAUAUGAUAUUAACUAUC